GGCAGCUUCAACGUCGGGGCACGCGAUGGGGCCCCUGGUCAUCGACCUGACCGAGACGCCGCCGCGCUCGCCGCUGGCAUUGGGCCGCAAUAUCACAGUCGCCAACGGAGGCGGGAUCGAUCACCAGAGCCAGCCUCAGCUUCUCGCUCAUCCGCCUGGGCUUGCCCCGUCCACGCCUCAGGCGCCACAGCGGCCGCAGCAUGACCCUCCUCCGCACGACGACGGGCCGCCGGCCAAGAAGAGGCGCGUGGCCCUCAGCUGGGCGGAGAAGCAGAACAUCGCGUGUCAGCAGGUGUCUCCCUACGUGAGCCAGGCGCUGAAAUACCUGCCGGCUUCGCAGUUCACUAUUGAUGAGAUUGCGAUCAAGGCCGUUUCGUUGUUCGCCAAGGAUCCGCUGUUUGUCACUCGCUUAGACCAGGCAAACGGUUAUACCCUGCCUCCCAAUGAUGAGUGGACGACUACAAGAGCGAGAAUGAUCAUUACGGAGCUGGCUAAGAGACCUGAGUUCCGAAUCAACACUCCCGCAAGACCGCCGCCAAUCACAAGCGAGAGCGUACCGAUAAAGAGCGAGGGCCUGCCAGUUCAGAGCGACAUAGUAGCAAGAGUGCAAACACCUGCAAGCCCUAAACCGAGCCCGCCGAGACGACGGUGGAUACAGCUCAGACAGCCGGCAAUCCCAACAGCUCGGAGACGCGAAGCCGCCCCAAACACAAAGAAUGGCAGCAGGUGGAAGCCAGCUGCCAGCACUGGCCCAUCGCAAAACGCGUGGUUUGGGCUCGAGCAGCGGCCGUACCAAUCAGCAGCAGAUCGCGUGCUCAUUGCCAAAGGCGCCGACCGCCUGUAUCGCGAGCUGAGAGAACAAAUCACCAGCCCCCUUGUCUAUCAUGUGGACUUUACCUCUGAGGAGGUUCAGCAAAUCAUGGCGUGCCUCUCAAGGUAUCUCCCCCCGGGCAGCCCUGCGACCCCUGAAUAUCUGGCACAGAUCUGCCAGCAUCUUAAUGUUCCGUCCAUCGUCGAGAAUGCUUUGCCUCGCCGGACACCUGAAGAUGUGCGCAAUUACUGCUCGGAUCUACUCGCACGCAAAGCAGUGCCGCCCAGCCAAGCACGGGUUCUGAGCUUGGACCCAAAGGCGAGUAAGGCUCUCCCGCAACAGGAGAAGAGGCGCGCCAGCCGGCUGGCGUCCCUGCUUCUGGCUCGCGAAAUGGAAGGAAACCGAGGGUUCGGUCGCAUGCGCCAGUACGAGAACUUCCAGAACGAGUUCAGCAAGCUGCACGAAGACUCCCUGACACUGGUUGCAGAGUACACAAACUGUGCUGGAGACAUUGCGACGACCACUUGGGUUCCCAACAACAACGUCUUGUGCGGCACGACUGUUCACUCGGACAGUCAUAACCAGCAGUAUAACAAGCCUGGCAACCUGCUCCUCCUCUCCACAAAGCUAGGGCAGCUCAAAGCGUUUCCUGACCAUAGGAUUCCGCGGCCGCUGGUCGAGAAAGGGGAGAACUCGACGACGGCCAUGCGCCAGAGCCAGGAUCCAUGGCUUUACUCGUCUGUUGUCUGCUCUGACUAUGACCCCAUCCUUGGUUUGGCGUAUACCUCCAGCUUCGACAGGACGGUCAAGGUGUGGAAAAUUGACGAGGCUGGCAGCACCAUGACUGCGUUGGCGACCUGGUACUUUGGCGGCAAUGUCAAUUUUGUCUCCGCGGCCAAGGACGGCUCUGGGCGAGUUGCCACUGCGGCCGACGUCCCAACGGAGGCCAUUCGCAUAUACACCGUCAACAUGAGUGACCUUGCUAACAGCCCUUACAUUUCCUUCUCAUGCACCCGUACCGACGCCAACGGUUCGGGUAAGUGGGCUUAUUAUCCUGCGACGAUGCAAUGGGGCCGUGGGCCAAGCUGCACGCAUCUGCUUGCGGUGGGAUAUUCUCCUCGAAGCUUCUCCGGGGAUGACCAUGACAUUCCUGAAGAAAAGCACGACACGGGAGAGAUGACGCUCUGGGACGCGGUUCACAACCAGAGAAUCCCCAUCACGACGGCGGCAACUGCCAACUACUUUGAAGUGGCCUGGCAUCCCGUUUUGCCGAGGUUCAUUGCCGCAACCUCUCCUUCUCACAUAAAGGCCAUGCCCGGGGUGCGGUCUCAAAUCCACUUGUUUAGAGCGCAAGUCGACGGGUUUGCCGAGUAUCACAACCUCGACUGUUUCGCAUCCGACAUCAACGAGCUUACCUUUAUGCCCAACUCGGCGACGCACGCAUACGUAACGGCAGGGUGUACGGACGGCAAAGUGUAUGUGUGGGACACUGCGCAGGGAGACAAGCCCGUGCUGAUUCUACAGCACGGCCGCCCCCUGGACGAAUACUACGAGGACCGCGAGAAGGAAGACACGGGAGUCAAGUUUACCGCCUGGGGGAACAGCCUCGAUCGAUUCUACACAGGUGCCAGCGACGGGACCGUCAUGGUGUGGAACAUACGCCAGAAAUCGAACCCGUACGUGCGGACCCUUUUGGAGGCCCCCGGCCCCAUCUCUUGCGGCGCCUUCUCUCCCGAUCUUAGAAAGAUGGUGGUUGGCGAUGCGACGGGCCGCGUGUUUCUGUUCUCCGUAGACAGGGAGGACGAGCCAGAGGCACAUUUCAUCAAGAUCCCAGGCGUUGACCGGCGACUACGACGACCUACGCCUUUCAUACCACACCCUGAGCCAGAACCUCCUUAUCAUGAUCCAGCAGAGCUGAAUAGCAUGGUAGUUGAUCACGACGAUGACAUGCACAUUGCCGACCUGGUGAGGCGGAUGUAUCUGGACACGCAGCAAAUCGUCAUCCACCCCAACCCUACCAUUGGCGCCGUCCAAGGCCCCAACUACGCCUCAACAGGCCUCUUCCGCCACGAAGCACACCUGGCCGAAGACCCCGCAAACCCCCUCCUCAUCCCCUUUGAAAGGGCCCGGGACCAGAGGCUCGCAGCAAGCCGUGGCCAGGACGCCAUCCGCCUACGGAGGCUUCGCGACCCGGGAAGACAACCGUCGGACGCCCGGCUGCACGCUGCGAACAAGGCGCGGGAGUUUGACGAGGAGGAGCUGCCGCCGCAGGACCUGGCAGAUUUCGCGCAGUCUAGGGUGGAGUUUGUGCUGAGCGAGGUUGAUUGCGGGUUUGUUUAUGAGGAGGUGCCUGGGGAGGAGGGGGGAUGA